UCCAGCAUCAUAUUGGAGGGAGGACGAGCGUGAGUAGGACGCUGUCUGAAAGCUGGAACUCCUAACGUUUUUGCCCAAUGCCAAGCGACUGGGCACUUUGAGCUCCCACGAGGGUUUUUCCCCCUGACGGGCUGGCCGAAGGGCUUUCAAAAGAGGAAGAUUUCUUUUUGAAUGUGAUGCCAAGUUCUCACACUCCUUUUCUCACCCACCAUGGCGGAAAACAAGCAGCAAAGAAAAGGAUCUGGAAGUACAAAUCGCUCCUCAUCUCACACCUGCUUGUGGAGCAUGGGUACAACUGCCAGUGCCGCGCCACAGCCUGUUUCUGUAGCGUCACCACUUGAGAGUGUCCUUGCCAACGGGAUGGCCGACAGCAGGCAGUCUCUCAGCAUGAGCCCCUUUCAGACAGUCAACAUCCACAACAACAAGGCCAAGUCCAUUAUCACCAACAAAGUCGCACCUGUCGUCAUCACGUAUAAUUGCAGACAGGAAUUUCAGAUUCACGAUGAAAUCCUCAAGACCAACUAUAAAGUGGGCCGGAUAUCAGACACUAUGCCCGAGCACUACUUGGUGCAGGGGGAGUACUUCAUGGUCCAGGAUGUGUACAGCAAGGCAGAUGUCCUCAAUACCACGGGCAGCUAUGGAGCGCCCAACUUCCGCCAAGUCAAGGGAUCCUACCCGCUGUAUGGGAUGGGUCAGCCGAGCCUGAAUGGCUUCAAACACGUUCUUCAGAGGCUCCAGGCGCAAGGACACGAGGAGGUUAUAUUCUUCUGUGUAAGAGAGGAGCCGGUGGUUUUCCUGCACAAGGACGACAACUUUGUGCCGUACACCCCCAGGAGGAAGGAAAACCUCCACGAGAACCUUCAUGGCCUGGAAAAGGAGGAGCUGGUGGAGAGCCUGGAGAUCACUAUUAGGAAGGAGCUCCACGACUUUGCCAAGCUCAACGAAAACAUCUUCUACGUCUACAAUGAUAUCGAGUACUUUAAAGACGAGCCACAGAAGAUCUCCAUCACGUGUGAGGAGGACAUCCAUGUGACUGAGGAGGUCUAUAAGAGGCCCAUGUUCACCAUGCCGGCUUACAGGUACUUCAGAUUACCACUACCAAUGGAGGGAGCACCAUUGGAAGAAGACUUUGACGCAUUUGUUAAUAUACUCAGGGAGAGGCCCAGCUUGUCUCUGGGCCACGAUGCGUCCCGUCCGCUGCCUGCUCUGCUCUUCAGCUGCCAGGUGGGCGUCGGCCGAACCAAUUUAGCCAUGAUCCUGGGCACUCUGGUCAUGAAUCGUGUGAGGGGUGAUUCACAACUACAAGUUGAGGAAGCUGCAGCUUCAGAGCCCAAACCAUUGUUUCAGGUCAUCCAGUCUCUGAUCAACAAGCUGCCUAAUGGACAGCAGGUCAUGGAAGAGGUUGACCAGGCUAUCACCCUGUGUUCAGAAAUGCACAACAUAAAAGCAGCAAUAUAUGAAAACAAGAGUAAGCUGGAAGGGAUCGGAGAAGAUUAUCAAAUUCAGGGAAGCAGUACCAAAGACUACUUUCUAAACCGAACCAUGCAGAGCUUGGAGCGCUACUUCUACUUGAUUGUAUUUAAUGCAUACCUUCAUGAACAGUAUCCUCUUGCCUUUGUGUCCAACUUCAGCCAGUGGAUGUGCUGCCAUACAUGGCUGUACAGGUUACUGGCCUGCAUGGACCUAUCAGAGCUGUCAGCUCCGGCCGAGCUGGUCACCAGAGGAGCUCGCGUCCUGGUUGCUGAUGAGUGUUUGGCUCCUGACGUGCUCAGCACAGUGAAGGAGAUGAAGGCGGUCAACUUCAGACGAGUGCCCAAGAUGCCUGUUUAUGGAAUGGCUCAGCCAACAUCAGAGGCUACCGGAGCAGUUUUGGCCCAUCUGACGGAUGAGAAGAGGAAGCACAACCACGUGUUGUGGGUCAACUUGCAGGAGGAGCUGGUGCUGGAAGGGAACGGUCAGAUUUUUACACCAAGGGAGCCUUCGUGCCUGGACCAGCACAUUCCUAUCCCAUUGUCUGACCCACAGCUAAUAGAGAAACUAGAGACGUCUCUGAAAGAGGAGAUCCUGCGAGCUCAGAAGUGGCUUGAGGUGACCCUGGAGCAAGAGAAACAGAUGAAGAUGUUUAAAAGCUGCCUGACAGUCCAGGAGAUCUUCAAUCAGCACAAAAGCUCCCACCAAGGCCUUAUCAGCAAACGCAUCCCCCUGCCGGACUGCAGCGCGCCCACCGAGGAGGAUUUUGAUAAGCUGUUGGAGGCCAUGAAGAGUGCCUUGGCUGAGGACUCUCACUCAGCCUUUGUUUUUAACUGCUCCAACGGCAAAGGCAGGACCACGACCGCCAUGGUUGUCUCUGUUCUGACUCUGUGGCACUUUAAUGGUUUUCCAGAGUUUGGCGAUGAUGAGUUUGUGAGUGUUCCUGACGCCAAGUACACAAAAGGAGAAUUUGAGGUUGUAAUGCAGCUGGUGCGUCUGCUCCCCGACGGCCAUAGGAUGAAGAGGGAGGUGGAUAUGGCCCUGGACUCUGUCAGCGAGACCAUGACCCCCAUGCACUACCAUCUGCGAGAGAUCAUCAUCUGCACGUACAGACAGAUCAAAAGUGGUAAAACGGAGAAGGAGUGUCAGCAGCUGCUGCUGAGGAGCUUGCAGUACCUGGAGCGCUACAUUUACCUCAUCCUCUUCAACACAUACCUGCAUCUAGAGAAGAAAGACUCCUGGCAGCGCUCCUUCACUCUCUGGAUGGAACAGGUGGCUGCCAGAGCCGGAGUUUAUGACAUCCUCAACCAGCUGGGCUUCUCAGAGUUUGAAAACCCGAGGGACACGCCGCUGGCCAGACUGCGCUGCCGCUGGCAACAGCAAAACAUGCAGUCACUUCCUUUCCGAGGGGAGUUCAUCUGAGAGAGGAUCACUGUGAAUGCACCAAAACAGUACUGUGUUUUUCAGAUUAAAAGACAUUUACAUUACCAUUAUUACGCCUUCUAUAUUUACCCAUGUAUAAUGCAUAUUUUCACUUCAUCUAUUGUUUGUGCUAUUGCUUUUUUAUUUUAUUUUUUUCAACACACUAGCGAUGUUAACAUUUGUUUUAGGUGUUUCAGUGUUGAAUCUUAGCAGAAUGUUGCUCCUAUAUUAGAAGUUGAUAUUUGUGCCUUUUUGUAUGAAUGGUAGAACAUAGAAUUUCAAUUUACUAAUAUUUAUGUUUAUGUUACGUUUUUCAAAUUAAGGUUUCUUUAUGAGUUCUCACUUUUGAAGAUGAGACAGCUUUUUAAAACGUCUGUUGGAACAAGCUGAGUUAAAUACUGUUAUGGAGGACACAAGCAAAUUCCACUGUGUUGUCAACCAACAAUUUUGGUUGUAUGUCACAACUGUUUGCUGUUUUGCGUGACCUGAUAUUUUGCUUGAGCCCUGUCCUUUUCUUCUUAGCACGGCUGUCAUCAGUGGCUGUGCAUUUGUUCAACUUGAGGUUUUCCAUUUUUCCCCCGUGUACAUAUGAAGGUUGUUAUUUAAAUGUGUCUGAGUUUCCUAAAGCCGAUCAGAGUGGAUGUUGUUGAGAGGAGAUUUGCGCAAUAUGCUGUCGGUCAGAGGUUUUUUUUUAGAGUAUAACACCAGUAAUGUGUCAAUCUGUUUCUUUUAACAUUUAUUUACACGUGUCAUGAAACAGGUACUAACAGUACAGCAUGUCAGGAAUUUUUGUGUUGGUUUGAUUUUACUUUAAAGUUGUAAAUGUGUCUUUGUAUUUGAUGUGUAAACAUUGAAGCAAUGUUGCUUAAAAGUUGCAAACAUAUACUUUUUGUCUAAUGUUUGAAUGAAAUGCUAACAUCACUUCCUUAACAUGAUGUGAAAACCCAGGAAUAUUGUCCUUUUUUUUUAUAUUUCGCAUUCUUCUUCCUUGUCAAAACGUGACGCCUACAUUAUCCACAAUGCAACUUGACCACCAACAGUUUGGCCGGAGAUUUGUCUGUGUUAUGCUAGUAGUAUUGCAAGUGACAUUACUUGAUAAAUACACCAUUUAACAACUGCAGCUCAUGUUAGUGGCAUCACCUGGAAUGAGACAAGCGCUAGUUAAAUUGCAUUGUCAGCCAAUCAGGGCAACACUUAGACCAUUGUUUUUGUUGAUUCAAUGCCAAUUAUUGUUUGGCAUGCCUACAGUACAUUUCGGAAAUACCUUGUCCUGUAGGGCAUUUAUUUAAUUUCUAACACCUUUUAUUUGUUUGAUUAUUUUGUUAUUCUUUAAUUUGCUAACAUUUGUUUAGUUGUAACUUGUAGCUCAGAGUGUGCUUUAAAAACAUGAAUCCUGCCUUAAAACCAGAAAAAUAAGCCAGAAAAUAAAUCCCUUCCUGCAGAUGCCUCUCAUUACCAUGUUUUUUUUUCUUUUCUGUCAAUGUGUCAAAACAUUUGUGCUGUAUAUAAUUGAUUCAGACUAAUUGAGCAAAAAGAUAAUGGAAUGGACAUUGAAAUACCUUUUUUUGUUUGAGAGAAUAUUACAAACUUCGUUGUAUGAGUUGAUUACACAAAGUACAUGUGCAGGUUGUAAAAACACCUAACUUCUUAGCCAUGCUCUAAAGUUGAUGUGUUUUUUUUCACACAGGCACUCUUAGAGGAAAUGCAUUAGCUUUUAUUCACUGUAUGUGCCAUUUUCUUUUUUGGGGAAAUAAAAUAAAUAAUUUAAAUAGA